AUGACUAGGCUCUGACAGUGACAGCCAUAUAACUGAUUUAAUUAUUGAUCAGAGAACAAAUACAAAGGACUUCACCUUUUGACCUCAACCCCAUCGUAUAUGACAUCUGGAAGAUAGUAUAAGUGACUUCGAAUUAUACAGCAACAAUCUACACUACAAGCAGCUUAGAUCAUGAAGAUCCAGAAGAUCUCGGCGUACCAAGUGGAUCUUCCUCUCCUAGAGAGCUCCUACAACUGGUCAGAUGGCAAAUCAGUUCAGGUGUUCGACAGUACAGUCGUCAAGAUAGAUACUGAUACUGGUGUCACUGGUUUUGGAGAGGUCUGUCCACUCGGACCAUUUUACUUGCCGUCGUAUGCAAAUGGCGUUCGGACAGGACUCAAAGAACUCGGACCUCAUUUACUGGGACUUAAUCCACUGGAACUUAGCGUAUUAAACCAGAUGAUGGACUUUCAUCUAAAAGGACACACAUACGUUAAAAGUGCAAUAGAUAUGGCAUGUUGGGAUAUACUCGGAAAGGUGACGGGACAAUCGAUCUGCACGUUGAUGGGUGGACGCUUUGGUGAAUCUGUUCAGCUAUAUCGAGCAAUCAGCCAGGCCCCGCCAGAACAGAUGGCCGCCAACGUCAUUAAGUACAAGGCGGAGGGAUACACCAAGUUCCAACUGAAGUGCGGAGGCAAGCACGGAGACCCAACUGAUGAUAUUGCAAGAAUUAAGAGUGUGCGAGCUGCAUUGGAUCCCAAUGAUGUUCUAGUCGCAGACACAAACACAGGCUGGGUGCCCCACCAAGCAGUUCGGGUUGCCAACGCUGUAGCUGAACUAGAUGUCUACCUGGAGCAGCCGUGUUAUACCUACCAGGAGUGUCUCAGUGUGCGCAAUCGCACCUCAUUGCCGUUCAUCUUGGAUGAGAACAUAGAUGAUAUUACCACCCUUAUACGUGCAUAUUCAGAUCAGGCGUGUGACGUUGUCAAUCUGAAGAUCAGCAAAUUUGGAGGCCUUACAAAAAUAAAGCAGGCAAGAGAUCUAUGUGUGUCACUAGGUAUAGGGAUGUGUUUGGAGGAUACCUGGGGUGGAGAUAUUAUCACUGCUGCCAUUGCCCACCUUGCUCAUAGUACACCAGAGAAGUAUCGCUUCUCAUCCACUGACUUUAACAGCUACAAUAGCGUUCACGUGGCAGGAGGUGUACCAAAGAGAGAGAACGGUCGUAUGGAGGCUCCACAGGGCCCAGGGUUGGGUCUAACAGUGGAAAUGGACAAACUUGGUGAUCCUGUAUUAGAGAUGUCUUAAAUCAGUCAUACUUUAAUUGUUUUUGACACUAUCUGCAACAUGUACAUGCUUCCCGACAUGAUUGUAAGACGUUUUGUCUACCAUCGGCUAACUUCUUCAGCUACUUCUAAAUUUCCCGCCGAAAAGGCAGUAACGUGCAAAAUGUCAUCACCUGUCAU